AAUCAUCGAUUUUGUCAAAAAAGUUUUUGGUUUGAUUUUGGAAUUCGUGCGCGGCUGUGGCAGAGAGAGGCCAAACCCACCCGUGUACUCCAUCCGUCGGAUCCACCAAAACCAAAUUCAUCUCUCUCUCUCUCUCAUCUCUUCUCUUUUAUUCUUCUUUCUUUUCGAACAAAUUCCUCUGCUUCUGCAUUUUUUAGGGUUUCUCUCGAAUUUUGACACUUUCUCUUAAAAGGGUUGUUGACGAAAUAACCCUUUUUGAGGGGGUUGAGGAAGACCACGAAGGUGUAAAGAACGAAAGAAGAAUUCGAACAAAACUAUCCACAACAAGAUAAAGUUACCAACUUUUCCCUUCUUCCUCUUCCUCUGUUUUUUCCUUGUCUCCUUUGAAAAGAUUCUAACUUUGGGUGUGAAUCUCGUCUUUCCCUCUUUCCUUCUUUCCCUUUUCGAUCCUUUUUGCCGCGUUUAACAUGACAUCUGCAAAACCCUACACUUUUUUGUACGCCAUUGUUGUAUCUCACGAUUUUCCUUUUCCUGGAGAUUUCUUAUUCUAGCCCCACCUGGAGCUUAAGAUUUUUCAAGGAAAAGUUUCGAUUUUUUUUUUUUGCGUAAUCGAAUUCUGUUUUUAUUUUUCUGCGUGAUGGGUUGCGUUCAAUGCAAAUGUUGUAGCCGGUACCCAUCGUCAUCGUCAGAUGGAGACUCUCGUGGACCGGUUGAAGCCAAUGGUGUUGUCAAAGGGAAAGAUCAGAAACCUCUUGGCUCUAUUCACGUUCCUUCUCCUAAUUUCGACAUGGUUUACUCUGUGUUGUCUCAACGAGGCUAUUAUCCUGAUUCACCUGAUAAGGAGAAUCAAGACACUUACUGCAUCAAAACCGAGCUUCAAGGUAACCCAAAUGUUCAUUUCUUUGGUGUGUUUGAUGGUCACGGCGUGUUCGGUACGCAGUGUUCCAACUUCGUUAAGGAGAGGGUUGUGGAAAUGUUGUCUGAAGACCCAACUCUGCUUGAGGAUCCGGAGAAAGCUUACAAGUCUGCUUUUUUGAGGGUGAAUGAGGAGUUACAUGAUAGUGAAAUUGAUGACUCGAUGAGUGGUACUACUGCCAUUACGGUUCUUGUUGUUGGGGAUAAGAUUUAUGUUGCCAAUGUAGGGGAUUCGAGGGCGGUUCUCGCUGUUAAAGACAGGAACCGGAUUCUAGCAGAGGAUUUGUCUUAUGAUCAAACGCCUUUUAGGAAAGAUGAAUGCGAGAGGGUGAAAGCGUGUGGGGCUAGAGUACUGAGUGUGGAUCAAGUGGAAGGAUUGAAAGAUCCGAAUAUACAAACAUGGGCAAAUGAAGAGAGCGAGGGAGGGGAUCCGCCGAGACUUUGGGUACAAAAUGGGAUGUACCCGGGAACCGCAUUCACAAGGAGUGUUGGAGAUUUUACAGCAGAGAGCAUUGGAGUUACUGCAGAACCAGAAGUGUCAAUGGUUCAUCUUUCGCCUAACCAUUUGUUUUUUGUUGUUGCAAGCGAUGGGAUUUUCGAGUUUAUUCCAAGCCAAGCUGUUGUUGAUAUGGUGGGGAGAUAUGCCGAUCCGCGCGAUGGAUGUGCUGCAGCUGCAGCCGAAUCAUACAAACUGUGGUUGGAGCAUGAGAAUAGGACAGAUGAUAUCACAAUUAUCAUUGUACAGAUUAAAAAGCUGUCUAAUGAAUGAUUCAAUUUCCUAAUUGCCCCUUUGUUUGAUUCUGUACUGUACGUCACAGAUUCCAUCUAUAUAGCAAAGUUCAAAAGUAAAGCUCUCUCUCUUUCGUA